AAAGACAAAGACCUGUAGAUUUUACUGGUGUAUAUUCUUAUAAAGAUAAAUGUCUUAAAUCUGGUAUUGUACCAGUUUCAUUUGUUGUAAGAAAUAUUGGUAAACGUUGUAUAAAGAUGAGACAUCAUUAUAUCGGAGGUGAAGGAGUAAAACCUUUAGCUGAAGCCUUGAAGGUGAAUACUGUAACUGAGUAUCUUGAUUUAGGUGAUAAUUAUUUAGAAAGUAAAGGAGCAUGUUAUGUAGCCAACAUGAUGUUAGAUAACCUAUUUAUAGUCAGCUUGGCAACAAAUGAAGGUAUAAAUGACUUAGAUUUAAGUUGGAAUUGUAUUCGUGGGAAAGGAGCACUCAGUAUAAUACAAGCCUUGAAGGUAAUGUAA